GGAUCCGACACUCGCAGCAGAAAGAGAGGGAGAGUGGGGGGGGAUUCACCCACGGACCGCAAACUGCUCACUGGGACGAAAAACAUGUUGCCUCCAUCGCUCCCAUCGCUGCAAAAGUCGUAUGAAAUGUGCUACUCGUGAGAUUUUUCUUGCACUUCUGAAUUUUUUUUGACUCAAAAGUAGACUGUGAUUAAUUGGAAGCGGAGUUGAAGUUACCACUGGACAGGUGCAGAAAAUGGUGCCAAAGCUCGUGGCGCUCGCGGCUUUGUGGCUGACGCUGCUGGCCAAGGUGCGCUGCUGCCCGGAGCAGUGCACCUGCCAGGACAAAUUCGCCCACCAGUUCGCAGACUGCGCUUACAAAGACCUGCUGGCCGUGCCCGUGGGUCUGCCCUCUAACGUCACCACCGUGGGCCUCUCGGCCAACAAGAUCAAAUCUCUGAAAAGCAAAAGCUUCGUAAAUAUCACCCAGGUCACAUCUCUCUGGCUGGCCCACAACGAAAUUGUCUCCAUUGAGACGGACACGCUGGCCCCCUUGAUUCAACUGCGCAACCUGGACAUCAGCUACAACAAAAUCGUCAACUUUCCAUGGGAGGACUUGCUGAAUCUAACCGCCUUGCAACUUCUCAAAAUGAACAACAACGAGAUGGUGAACCUCCCCAAGGACGCCUUCUCCACGCUCAAAGAUCUGCGCUCGCUGCGUAUCAACAACAACAAGUUCACCACCAUCGUUCAGGGUACCUUUGCCGCUCUGUCCUCCAUGUCCCACCUGCAGAUCUACAACAACCCCUUCUCAUGCUCCUGCAGCCUGGAGUGGUUGAGGGACUGGAUCUCCACGACCAAGAUCUCCGUCCCCGAGCCAAAUUCGAUUCUGUGCGAGGCUCCCGAGGACCUGAAGGGUGUCAUGGUGACAAAAAUCCCCAAGCUGGACUGUCAGGUUCCUGUUGUCACGAUCACGUUCCAACCCGACAUUGGCAGCGUAGAGUUGGUUGAGGGCUCCACGGUGGUCUUGAACUGCGAGACCAAAGGAAGUCCAACACCGCUGGUUAGCUGGGAGGUCAUUGCAGGGAAUCAGAACUUCCUGUUCCCUUUGCCCUCCACGAGCGAAGCCCACGACCUGCCAAUCAACGAUAAGACCACCAACAGUCACUUCCUGGUUUUUCAAAAUGGCACCCUGGUCGUCCCUCGCCUGACUAAAAAGGAAGACGGGAAUUACACCUGCCUGGCGAUGAACGAUCUGGGCAAGGCCGAGAGCACGGUCAAACUGUCCCCGGCGGCGAACAAAAAACACGUGGCAGUGGAUUCCACUGUGGACAAGAUCCGCCCAUCCUACAACAAGCCCACUCAGCCCAAGAACUCCAAAAACAACGUGAUCAACUGGACCAAGGACAGGACCAAGAUCAUGCCAGACGGUCCCUCAGACAAAGAAGACGGCACCCACAAGGAGUGGGUUUCCAAAGACCCCGUGUUUACCAGCAAGUGUGGCGUGCGAGACGGCAGCGAAUACGUUUCCAACCACGCCUUUAACAUGAGCCUGGACGACCUCAAGCAGUACACCUUCGAUUUUGGCGUCAUCGCCCUGGAGGUGUCGGAGACGGAGGCCAGGGUCAAGCUGAACCCGCUGCAGCUCGCCCGCAGCAAAUCCAACCUUCACCUGAGCCAAAGUGACAUCGCCGACACGGUGGUGAGAGAGCCCGUCGGUCUGUACAAGUCGGCCUCGGAGAAAGCCGGUCCGGAUAUGCUCUACAUCUGCGUGGACACAGGAAACGGACACUCCCUCAUCAAGUGGUCUAACAUCGAAGAAGGGGUCAACUCCUAUCACUUCACCGGAUUACACCCUGGCACCAACUACACUCUUUGUCUCACGUACGGGGGACAAGACUGUCAAGUCCAAGUGGUCUUCACAACCAGGAAGAAGAUCCCCUCUCUUCUCAUUAUCGUGGUGGUGAGCAUUUUCCUCCUGGGCCUGGCCACGGUGCCCCUCCUGGGGGCCACCUGCUGCCACCUUCUCUACAAAUACCAAGGGAAGACCUAUAAACUCAUCAUGAAAGCGCACAAUCCCGACCAGAUGGAGAAGCAAAUGACCGGAGACUUCGAUCGGAGGACGUCCUUCGUGGAAUCCGAGAAGACCUUCAACCCCAGCGAAAUGGGCGAGGAAGGUGGAGAGCCUCCCGAGGGAGAGGGUGAAGCCGAGGGCAGCUUGGCGACGGAAUCCCUCCCCGGGUCUUCAUCCAAGACCAACCAGGAGGAGUUCGAGGUGGGCUCUGAGUACAGUGACAGACUCCCGCUGGGAGCGGAGGCCGUCAACAUUUCCGAGGAGAUCAACGGAAACUACAAGCAGCCAAGCCGCUGAGAGCCUUGUAAGAUCCCCCUUCCUUUUAAUCCACAAAUACUUAUUUUAUUUUCCUUUAUUUUUAACCUCAGAAAAAAAACCUCGCCUGUCACUGAGAGUGUAAGAGUCUCUUGUAAUUUUAAACAACGUCUUUACGCACCAAAAGAGGCGCUAAUUCAACUGCGCAGAACAGCGACUGGAUUAAAAAUUCGGCAAUUUCUCUGCCGGUUUUUCCCAACGUUUACUAAACAGCGGCACAUAUUUUACAUUCGAAAAAUGUCACGGCACAAACGAUACAGUCACAAAGCGUAGCGUUCGACGGAUUCACAUUAAAAAAAAAAAAAAGCUGUCACGGCGUGUCGCUGGCACAGUUAGAUAAACAAAUGUAUAUUACCGUGAAUAGAUAAAUACAUCGGAUCAAUUAUGCGAUAUGUGACGCGGCAUAGUGGUUGGGAAUCACUGUUUUCGAGCACAAACAAAUGCAAAAAAACAAAAAAAAAGCCAAAUUAAGUGCAUUGUCUCCGUAGGGAUCAAUCUUUUACAGACAUUUUUAAUUAUCCGGUUGAAAAAGAAAGGCUCAGGUAAUAUUGCCGCACGGGUGCGAAACAUCAUGUCAAAAAAAAAAAAAUCCGCCACACGGCUCCGAGGAGACUUUACUCUGGAUUUUUAAUCUUUCAAAUGUUUACCUAUUUACAUCUCAUCCUACGCGACGUGAUGCUUUAAAUGUGCGAUUGAUCAAGCGAGCCAUCUAUAUCAUCCAUGGCAUGAUGCUGUUUUAUUACUCGUGUGCUUUUUUUCUAAUACCCGUGUAGUCCUCCUAGAUGACUUUAUAUUUUGAUGUUAGAUGCUGUCAAUCUGUACUGUGAACCAUGUACAUUUUUAAUGUUCGGGUGAGUUUCUAUGAAGCCCACAAAACAAAAGGACGCACGAGAGCGUCCGUCGGCUUCUUUGUUCUUGUACUUUAAUGCCGAGUGAUUUUUUUUUUUUUUUGGUGAAA